CAGGCUUUGAUAGAAUCACAUUGAGUAGCACAAAUACGGUCAGGCCACUCAUCUUCUGAACCCGCAAUUCCCACGUACACGUACACGCGGCACGCAAUCCCUUUCCGUGCCUCAAAGCCAGAGUAGGAUCUCUCUCUAUCUCUGUGUCUGUCUGAUAUCCUCCACCCGCUAUGGAUGCCCUCCUAUACACCCAAACCUCCAUGGCCAAGCGCCCCUGCCCCUGCCCCUCCCAGAUCCCUUUGCUCCAAUCAACACCGCCUCCCGACCACAUGGACCGCCUCCUCGAAUCUUUCCUUGCCCUAUCCGACUCCCAAUCUUCGUCUUCGUCUUCGUCUUCCUCAUUCUCCAUCGACCUCUCCUUCGAUCGUCUUCUCGAGUCCCGGGCCUCCAGCGACGUGGAUCAGAAACUUCUCAUCGACCGCGCCCUCCAGUUAGGCUCCGACCUCCUCGAGGCCGCCAAGCGCUCCGCGCGAAAGCAUGCCUCCAAGCACAACUCCCUUGCCUGGGCCCUCCCUCCCGACCUCACCAUCAAGGUCUUUUCCAUGCUUGAUACACAAAGCCUAUGCUAUGCCGCAGCUACUUGUUCGUUGUUCAACAAGUGUGCCAGGGAUCCUUCAUGCUACGCUGACAUUGACUUGACAACAGUUGUCCCAAAGGUUAACAAUGCAGUUGUGUCCACAAUGAUUCACCGUGCUGCAAAAUCUCUCCGGUCUCUUAAGCUUGGCAUAGUUCCAGGCCCAACAGUGACACCUGGAUCCUGUCAGCCAUUGGUUUAUACCAUAAAAAAUUCUGUGGAUGUGUCUAACUUUUCAUGGAAUGAUAAAAGAUCGAGACAAGGGAGGGAGUCUUCAAUUCUUACUAGAUCCUGUUUGAGCCCAUUAGUUGGUGAUAAUGCAGCUCCAGGGACUCUUUUGAGAGUGUUGCAUCUUUACAAUAUUGAAAGAAUGGAUAACACAUCACUUUGUGGGGCAUUGUCGGCUUGUCCAUCUCUCCUUGAUCUGGAAAUUGUUGGCCUUCAUGUUGAAUUGAGGCAAACAUUGAUGUCAGUGAGUGCAAACUGCCACUUAAUGGAGCGGCUGUUCUUUGAGUCUUCAAAAAUAGGCAGGGAUGACAGUUUAAAAUCGGCAACCUGCAUUGAUCUUGUAAACAAUUGUCCGCAUCUAUCUUCAUUGGCGCUGAGAGGGUUUAAGCUCCAUGAUUAUAAAGUUCGCAUACUUGUUAAGGGAUUUCGGAAGCUAAGAUAUGUUGAUUUUUCGACAUCGUACUCGAUCACUGGAGCAUUUUUAAGGAACCUUGGGAGCAGCGUGGGUGGGAAUUUACUUGAGGUCUUGAUUUUACGGGACUGCAUGCAUCUCAAAGAGGUAGAAGUUGCUCGUAUUGUAACAGCAGUUCUUGCAGGGGAUUUUAGGAGCCUCAGACAUCUUGACAUAUCCAAUAAGGAAGGUUUAGCUUCUGAGGGUGACUGGUAUGAAAGAUGCUACAAGUCUAGUGUCAUUCCUAUAAAGCAGGUUUUGGCAGAAAGGCCUGAUAUGUGUUUUCUGGCUGAGUUUCCAACCGAAGGAAGUUACAUUGAUAUUGAUCAAAUGCUUGACAGUGGGCAAGAUAGUGAAAUCAGUUUGCCAUCACAGUUCAGCAGUCAUACAUCAGAUGCUUCAAUUUUUAUGAGUUCGUCUGAGAGCAGCUACAACAGUGAUCAAGGUAGUGGCAAUGAGGAUGGUCGUGAUGCCGGUUAUGUUAUUUAUGAAGAAAGCUCUGAUGAGGUGGACUUUCUGAUGCUGUAGGAGAGAUACUCAUUGUAUGGCAGGGGAUAGAAAUUUGUUUGCCAGUAAAUGGAUUGGUGUGCUCUUACAUACUUCAAUAACUUGAGGGAGGCUUUUACUGAGUGCAAGCUGUGGUGACACUGACCAACUAACCAUUGGAUCAUGGGGGGUCUGAUGGAAGUGUUUUGUAGAUUGUAGAUUCCAUUACAAAAUGAAUUGAAGCUUGUUAGAAAGGACUCUUGUUUCAGAUUCAGAAUAAUUUCAGGAUAAGCCGGUGAAGAGUUUAAGCACCCCUUGAUCCAUGAAUCGGUAUAUCUGGGUAUUGUCAUUGUUCUAACUGAUGGUGUACUACUACUAUUAAGAUCUUAUUGUAAGAUGUGGAAUAUUGUGAGCAGAAUUAUGAUUCUUGUUAUAACACUGUAAUGCAAUGUAUUAUCCUGCCUGAGUUUUCAGAAUUAAGAUGAAAUACUGCAUGGUCUCCUUGAAAAGUGAGGAACAGGUUACAGGAUAUGAAGAAGAAAUAUUAGUGCCAGUAGUACGUACUUUUA